GUUUGCUUCCGCUUCAAGAAAGAGAGCCAAGACGGGCUUCAGAGAUGCAGCCCGUAGGAAGAGCCUUGUAGCGGCAUCUUGGAAGGUUUACUCGCAAGGAAAAGCCUCUGUUCAUAGCCAAAUGAGUAAAACUCUCUUUCCACAGUUGGGAGAGUGAAUCGAUAGUAGGGGAAGGAGAUGGAAAAGGAGGAUACAGAAGGACCUGGCCAGAUAGCCAAGAAAGGCCUCCAUGUCAACCAAGCUGGAAGUGAUGCUGUAGUUUGGCAAUGAGCUGCAUCAGAUAUCCUGCACCGAGACAUGAUGAACUCAGAUGUACGUAGGCUGUCCUUCCGGCAAUUCUGUUAUCAUGAGGCUAGUGGGCCCCGAGAGGUUUGUGGACAGCUCUAUGGACUUUGCAACCUCUGGCUGAAGCCGGAAAAGCUUACCAAGAAGCAGAUCCUGGACCUGGUGAUCCUGGAGCAAUUCCUGACCAUCCUGCCCCAGGAAAUGCAGCUCUGGGUUAGGGGAUGCCAGCCGGAGACCAGUUCUCAGGCAGUGGCCCUGGCUGAAGGUUUCCUUCUGAGUCAGGCAGAGGAGAAGAGGCAGGCAGAACAGCUUUUUCAGAUGUGGGGACCAUCCAUGCAGAUUGAAGCUAAGUUCUCUGAAAUGCAAAGAGCUCCAUUGGAGGAUUGGCAGAGGGAACAGGGAAAGAAGCAGGCCCAAGAUGCCCUCUUAUGUGGCAAUGAAGAGACUGUGUUGAUCCGUUCUCUUUGCAGAGGUGUGGAAACAACUGCUGCACCUCCUGGCCAGUGUCCGAUUUCCUUUGAGGAGGUGGCUGUGCAUUUCACCAAGGUAGAAUGGGCAUUGCUGGAUCCAGGCCAAAAAUCGCUGUACAGAGAAGUCAUGUUGGACAACUAUGGGAGCAUGGCCACCUUGGCAGGGGAUGAUCAAUGGAAUAAGGGGGAUAAGGAACUCAACCAGCUAUUGCCAAAUAAAGUCAUGAAGGACAACUUGAAAGGAAACAUCAGUAAUAAAGGCAGAUCUAAGAGACGGAAAGGAAGUCAUGUGCUCAAGAAGAGGAAUAAACCUAUUUCUGGCCAAGGGCAAAAUUUCCAUGAAUUAAUCCACAUGGUGGAGGAAGUAUGUAACUGCUUGGAGUGCGGAAUGAACUUUUCAGAACAAACUCAAUAUAAUAACCAUUUGAAAAUGCACAGCAGAAAGAAGACUCAUCAACACUUGGAAUGUGGAAAGAGCUUUUUUUGCAGAUCAGAGCUUUUUACACAUCAAAGAACACAUACAGGAGAGAAACCUUAUACCUGCUCAAAUAGUAGCAAGAGGUUUUCACAGAAAUCAGACUUUGUACAGCACCAAAGAAUUCAUUCAGGAGAGAAGUCAAUUAUCUGCUUGGAGAGGGGAAGGAUGUCCUCUUGUGGAAGAAAGGGUAAUAUACUUUUUCAAAAGCAUACUGUAAUGAAAGGGCGUAAAUGUUUUCGAUGUGGAAAGUGCUUCAAAUACAGAUCACACCUCCUUUUGCAUCGUAGGAUACAUAAAGGGGAAAAACGUUUUGAAUGCUCAGAAUGUGGAAAAAGAUUCUGUCACAGUUCCAGUCUCCAACAGCAUCAAAGAACCCAUACAGGGGAGAAACCUUUUGAAUGUGUAGAGUGUGGGAAAGGAUUCAGUCGGACUGACAAUCUUCAUCGUCAUCAAAGAACCCACACAGGGGAGAAACCUUUUGAAUGUGUGGAGUGUGGAAAGAGAUUCACGCACCAUGGUAAUCUUCAAGAUCAUCUAAGAAUCCACAAAGGGGAGAAACCUUUCGAAUGCUCACAGUGUAAAAAGAGAUUCAGUCAGCGUGGUGAUCUUCAAAAGCAUCUAAGAAUCCACACAGGGGAGAAACCUUUUGAAUGCUCAGAGUGUAAAAAGAGAUUCAGUCAACGUGGCACUCUUCAAGACCAUCUACGAACUCAUAGCGGGGAUAAACCUUUUGAAUGCUCAGAGUGUGAAAAGAAAUUCAGUCAUCGUAGCACUCUUCAAAACCAUCUAAGAACUCAUAGUGGGGAGAAACCUUUGGAAUGCUCAGAGUGUGGAAAGAAAUUCAGUCACCGUAGCACUCUUCAAGGCCAUCUACGAACUCAUAGUGGGGAGAAACCUUUUGAAUGUUCAGAGUGUGGAAAGAGAUUCAAUGAGAGACGCAAUUGUGAGCGACAUCGAAGAACCCACACAGGUGAAAGACCUUUUGAAUGCUCAGAGUGUGGAAAGAGAUUCAGUCAACAUGGCUAUCUUCAACAGCACCUAACAACCCACACAGGGGAGAAGCCUUUUGAAUGCUCAGAGUGUGGAAAGAGGUUCAGCCAGCGUAGCUAUCUUCAACAGCACCUAACAACCCACACAGGGGAGAAACCUUUUGAAUGCUCAGAGUGUGGAAAGAGAUUCCGCCGCAGACAUGGCUGUGACAGGCAUCUAAGAACACACAGAAAGGAAAACUUUUGAAUGUUAUUAAUGUGGGAAAACAUUAUGAACUGCAUCUAGGAACCCACACAAGGGAAAAACCUUUGAAUGAUGAGAGUGUUGAAAGAUUCAGUCAAAGAGGCAGUCAUGGAACAGCAUCUAAAAACUGACACAAGGGAAAACCUGUUGAAUGCACAGAGUGUGGAAGGAGAUUCAAUCAGCAUGUCAGUCUUCAUGACAACUACAGAAAUAGAAAGUAUUGAAACCACUUGCAAAGAGCUUGCAUCUGCACAGAAACUUCAGACUGUGGAAAGACUUUUAGCUGUGAUUGAAACCUCAAACAGAUUGCACAGGGGGGAAAAUAAGGAUGGGCCCUAAGAGUAGAAGGAGAUUCAAGAUGAACUCCUAGCUCCUUAAGCAUCGAAUCCAUACAAGGGACCGGGCAGCAAGCCAACAAGGGAGUAAGAUGCCAGCCAGAUACUCUUCACAUCUGCUGUGUUAUCUGUGCUGAUAAUUGAAUGUAUAGUUAUGGAACACCAUACCUCUACUGCUGCAUUAGCUCUUUGUUAACUCAUAAGAAACAAGAAUACUUCACCAAAAUCCUCCCAAUCAACCAAUGGUUAGGUCUUGGACCAGUAAUCAAUAAGUGGACUCUUGAUAUACAAUCAGUAAUCUUUAUUGAGGUGGCAACAAGCACUCAGCAUCAGGAAACCAGUUUUGUGGAACUUGGCUUCUACUGUCAUAUUUAUCCCCCAUAAUACUCCCCUAAAUUCCCUCCUCCCAAUUUCCCAGAGAAUGCGUGAAAGUGAGGUGUGAAAAGACUUGUUUUGAAACUGAGCGUCCCAAGGCCAUGAGACAGAUAUCCUUCUGCUGAACUGCCCCUGCAGACUCCAGUACUUCCUCCUCCCCUUCCCAGGGUGCCGAACAGAGUUAGCCAAGUUAUCUACAUAUGUAAGCAUAUAGAAACAGUUCAAACAGAAAGAGGUCCAUUAACUUAUCAUAGGUUACAUUGAAGGAUGCACCAUCCCCAGUGCACCAGCCCCUUUGCCCAGGUGUUGAUCUUUGCACCUUGUUCCCUGCAUUUGUUUGAUGCCAGGAAAAGGCAGGUGCCAUUCCUGACAUGAGUACAGAAUUAAUAACAUACAAUAUAAUGAUAGUGGGGGGAGAGAGCAUGAAGACUCUUCAGCAGAAGAAGAACUGCAUCUAGGAACCCACACAUGACAGAUAUCUACAACCACUCUGCUACUGGUGCAAACAAUGUGAACAGCCAGCAUCCUUAAUUUACAAACUCUUUAUCUGACAAACAGUUCUAGAGCGGUAUCCACCAAGCCUAAUUCCUACUCAAAAAAUUCUGCUAGUUGGAUUAACUGGGGUUGGAAGUGGAAAGUUGUGUUCCCCAACCCAACAACUGAGUAAGUUCAAAAGAAUCAGCAUCCAGUAUUGUGGAAAUGGGGAUGUAUGCUUGGAGUUGGCAGGCCAACAUUGAGAGUUAGUUUCCCAGUCCCAGUUAUCCUCCUCACCUACCCUCACAUUCUCCCAGACAGAAUCAGGAGGGAUUCCCUCCUGCUCAGAACAUCUCGCCUCCCCCAACCUCAGCUCCAGGAACCAGAAAAGACCUGGAGUAAGCCUUGGCCUGGGAUGUCCCCAACUCUGGUGCCUCAGAGCCCACUUGAAUUCCUCCACUUGAAAUUAUGCAUUUAUUGAGAACACAAAGAAAAUUCAUUUUUCAUCUUGCUACUUGAGUUUGCAAAUGUAUGUAUGUUAGAGUUGCCAAGAGCCCUGAAAGGCAAAAAUAUCCUGCCCCUUUCAGAGACUUAUUGGCCAAUUACCCAUGGGUGCGUCAGGGCAAAAAAUUUGCCCAGUACCCUUCCUCUCUGGCACCAGGAGCAGAAUCACAUAAGGGCAAGAUUUCUUGUCCUGAUACACUUCCUCUUUCUCCACCUGUGCUUCUCACUUUCCCCGUGGAAAGUGACAGCACUUCUGGUGCGACUUUUGCGUCAAAGCAAGGGCAGGGCAGAGCCGGCCGUGGGUAAUCAGCCCAUGUCUGGAAAUGGUCAAUAACAAUAAUGGGACAGCACACAUUUCUUCCAGGCAGUUGGAAACCUGUAAGGAUUGUUUUUGUAAUCACUUAGAAAUCAAAGCUCAGCUAAGAAAGGAGCAUAGCUCAGUAAAGAGAUUGUUAUUUGUAUCAGGCAA